AUGGCUAGUACUGCUGGUAAAACCAUAACUUGCAAGGCUGCUAUCGCAUGGGCUGCCGGCGAACCAUUUUCCAUUGAGGAUGUCCAGGUUGCCCCUCCCAAAGCCCAUGAGGUUCGCAUUCAGAUUCUCCACACGGGUGUCUGUCACACCGAUGCCUAUACUCUCUCUGGAAAGGACCCAGAGGGAGCUUUCCCUGUCAUCCUGGGCCACGAGGGUUCAGGUAUCGUUGAGUCAGUUGGUGAGGGCGUGACUAAUGUCAAGCCUGGUGAUCAAGUAAUCGCGCUUUAUACCCCGGAAUGUGGUGAGUGCAAGUUCUGCAAGUCGGGGAAGACCAACUUGUGCCAGAAGAUCCGUGCCACUCAGGGCAAAGGUGUGAUGCCCGACGGAACAACUCGCUUUAAAGCACGAGGCAAAGAUAUCCUGCACUACAUGGGAACCUCGACAUUCUCUCAAUAUACGGUUGUUGCUGAUAUCUCAGUUGUGGCUGUUACUACCAAAGCACCCACUGAUCGUGCGUGUUUGUUGGGCUGUGGGAUUACGACCGGAUAUGGUGCUGCAACGAUUACUGCCAAAGUAGAGCAAGGAUCUAAUAUUGCCGUUUUUGGUGCUGGGUGUAUCGGUUUGUCUGUGAUUGAAGGUGCAGUGAAAAAUAAAGCUGGUAAGAUUAUCGUGGUUGAUGUCAAUGAUGAUAAGGAACAGUGGGCGCGCAAGUUUGGUGCUACAGAUUUUGUGAAUCCUACCAAGCUCGAGGGAAAGACCAUUCAGGAACAACUGAUCGAGAUGACUGAUGGGGGAUGUGAUUAUACUUUUGACUGUACCGGAAAUGUCGGUGUGAUGCGUGCUGCUCUAGAGUCCUGUCAUAAGGGAUGGGGCGAAAGUAUUAUUAUUGGAGUUGCUGCAGCUGGUCAGGAAAUCUCGACUAGGCCAUUUCAACUUGUGACCGGGCGAGUGUGGAGGGGUUGCGCAUUCGGUGGUAUCAAGGGUCGGUCUCAGCUACCCAGUCUUGUCGAUGACUACGUCGCUGGCUACCUGAGGGUUGAUGAAUACAUAACUCAUCGUGAAACACUGGGGACUAUCAAUACAGCAUUCCAGCACAUGAAAAGUGGUGACUGUAUCCGGUGUGUCUUGGAUAUGAAAGUCUAAAGUUCGUGAGGAAACAGGGUAUAUGUAUUUGUGUUGGUCUCUAGCAAAAUUGCCUUCGCGAGUAAGUGCAUAAUACAUAUUUGAUUACCCUGACAAUGCUUUAGCAUCAAAUCUCUGAGCCAUCUAUUGAAAAGGUAGCAAGAAGUGGGAAAUCAGCUUGGCACUAUAGUUAUACUACAUAAUGCAUUCCAGAACGAUAUUAUCUCUUAGAGUGUACAUCCUUUUCUUAUUAGGUGGCUGAAGCACGCCAUUAUAUAGAUGCCUACCAACUCUGGGUUGAUCCUCGCAUCCGUACUUCUUGUCAUUGCAUUCGGACCUUCCCCGUCAACCUUUCGUUGUCAACCUCUAGUGGAUUGUAGUCAUCGAGGUGUCGUAUGGAGCCGAGAUAGCUAACUGGUCGUAGAGUUCUACCUGGGUGUAACAAUAGGUUUCAGUCUCCGAACAGUCUUAAGUUGGACAUUGGGCUUUUGUGUGG